UCUACUCCGCAGCCGAUGCUGUUCCCCGACUGUCCCCGCCCCGUGCCGCUGCAGACUCCGCCCCGCGCGUCACUUCCUCCGCGGCCUCGGGCCGGGCUGCAACCCCGGCUACAGGCCAUGGUGGCUCUGGACGACCCUGACGGCGGCCCGGAGGCUACCCCCGGCGCGGAGACCAGGCUGCCCCUUCCCGGCUGCCUGCCCACACUAGGCGGAUCACAGGUGAAGAGGGUCUCAGCCUCAAGGCGCAAGCAACAUUUUAUCAACCAGGCUGUACGGAAUUCGGACCUGGUGCCCAAAGCCAAGGGACGGAAGAGUCUGCAGCGUUUGGAGAACACCCAGUACCUCCUUACACUGCUGGAGACAGCUGGGGGUCCUCCAGGUCUGGAAGAUGGAGACCUGGCUCCUCCUGCAGCACCUGGCAUCUUUGCAGAAGCUUGCAGCAAUGCCACCUAUGUGGAGGUCUGGAAUGAUUUUAUGAACCGCUCUGGAGAGGAGCAAGAGCGAGUGCUCCGCUACCUGGAGGAUGAGGGCCAGGGCAAGCGAAGGCCAGGGCGCGGGCCUAGCCGAGGAGGGGAGGACAGACAGAGAGAGGAUCCAGCCUUCACACCUCAUGAGUGCUUCAGGCGCAUCAGCCGUCGCCUACGGUCUGUGCUCAAGCGCAGCCGCAUCCCGAUGGAAACCCUGGAGAGUUGGGAGGAACGUCUGCUGGCGUUCUUCUCCGUGUCUCCCCAGGCUGUGUAUACCGCCAUGCUGGACAACAGCUUUGAGAGGCUUCUGCUUCACGCCGUCUGCCAGUACAUGGAUCUCAUCUCAGCCAGUGCUGACCUGGAGGGCCGGAGGCAGAUGAAGGUCAGCAAUCGUCACCUGGAUUUCCUGCCUCCAGAGCUACUAUUGUCUGCCUACCUGGACCAGCAGUGAUGACAGAGCCACUGCCUGCCGACUGGCCUGGCCCACACCUCCAGUGUCUGCUAAUUUCUUGCAUACUUUCAGAAUCCGAACACCCCCACUUCUCCUUGGCAGUCCCCUUUGCCCCUGUCCCUUCACAGCCCAGCUAACAUAGGGCAGGUAGCCCUCUUUUCUGGUACUUGUAUUUGGGUGGGGAGACCUGAGCUAUACUUUCCAUGCUUAUUCUCUGUUUAGCUUUUCUUUGGUGCACUCUGAGGCUCAAAUCAGACUCUCUUUUACCUGUACCCCCCCCCCCCAAUCAGUUUUAAUGGAUUUGGCAUUUGGGAUAGGUUUGCUUUAAUUUCUCUUCUGAAGCAUUGAGGCACAACCAAAACACCUAGCGCCAGCUGGUAGUGGGUUCUGUUGUGACCCCUGCCUGACCCCUCCAGGUUUCAGCUCUGAUGGGGGUGUCUGGUCCUCUCUAGGACUCGGCUGAUCUCCCCCCAGGGCACUUUGUCAUGUGUGUGUGUGUGUGUGUGUGUGUGUAUGUGUGUGUGUGUACAUGUACAUGCCAUACACCUGGUGAACCUGGACAAGCUUCGUCUCAAGGGCUGAUUUUAUGCUUUUUUUUUUUUUUUGUGUGUGUGUGUGUGAGAUGUGUGUUUUGUGUCCUUGACUCCUUGAGCUCUGCCUGCCCUUCAGAUCCUCCUCCUGUUCCUCCUUAUUACAGGGUCCAGGACUUCCAGACAGAGGCCUCUGACCUUGUGUGCCCUGUCCUCCUCCCCUGCAGCCUCUGGUGUCCACCAUAGCUGUGAUCACUGCAGAGGCUGCACAGGCCUGCCCUCUCCCCUUCUGUGUGGUUCUUUGUGCUUGGGGGAAAGGGACACUUUUAAUAAAGCCUUGGUGCUUGG